AAUUCGCCCAGUCCUUUUCCACCCUUUUCCCCAUUUACUUUUUUCAAGAAUUUCUUAGGCAUCGCACAUCCUGCAUCCAAUCGUUCUGCAUCUCGACUCGGGUCGAUAAUUCAACUUUCGCGCUCAUAUGGAGCCAUCAUCGACCGCGGAACAGCGCGCCUUCCUCGUCGCAAAGCUUAAGCGGGCGGCGUCCCUACCUCGUAUGAAAGAUGGCCGUAGGCCACCGAUGCACGUAGAAGCCGUCAGCGAAGGAGAGAGGUCGCAGGGAGAGGAUUAUGAAGAGGUGGAAGAGCAGCGAGGGAGGCCGGGGAGUAGUGUGAGGAUCAGUGUUGUAGAGAGGCCUAGGAGUUUCGAAGAUGACGAGGAAGAAGGUGCGGAGGGAGACGGAGGCAGGGAAGUGGAUGUGCAUACGCUUCGUAUGGAAGACGGUGAAACCGAGAGAGUGGAGGAAGAGCGGGUGCAGGUGGAAGAUGUCACACAGGAUUAUCCGGCUCGAGAAGAAGAGGCGGAAGAAGGUCAGAUGGAAGAAGAAAGAGAGGUCGUUUCUCCGCCACAGACCCCGCUACCCUCUGAAGAUACUUCGACUGCCGCCCAGGGCAAGCGCAAACGUCGUUCACGAUCCAGACGGCGGUCUCGAGAUUCUAAAGCCAAAGCUCGCGCAUCUCCUGCUUUCGUCUCCGCCAAUGACUCAUCACCCGACGAAGAGUCCAUGCCAAAUUACCCUGCCAGUCCAAGUCCUAUUCCUGCCCAUGCUAGUCCUAGCCCUAUACCGCCCUUCCCGAACGGUUUCACUGGAACACCACUCAUAUCGCCAAUACCUGCUCAUUUCAUGGCUCUACAACAGCAGCGGAUGUUCAUGUCCCCUGAACCAGGCAUGAUGUACCCCGGUACUUCUCCACCGACACCUUCACCAAUGCUCACACUCCAAGAUAUUCAACGCGAAGCUCUUUCACGUGGCCUCUUUCGCUCGAAUAGUGCCGCCGCCCGUUUAAUGGCCAUGAACCAACUCACACGGAAUGAGCAGCCCGACCCAUCGCUCUCUUCGCCCUCUCCCACUCCAAGAGGACUAGGACUAGGGCGAAACAACACCGUGGCUGGUGGCGAACGUAAUGCGGCUAGAAGAUUAAUGAUGGGAAGGUUGAAGGAGCGGUUGAAGGAGAAGGAAGCCGAAGCCGAGGCUGAGCAGACGAGCGCGGGCGAGGAUCAACCUAUCCCGCUACCACCGAAAAGAAGAUCAAGGAGACGGAGUAGGAGGUCAUCAAAUCGGUCGACGGUCGUGGACGAUAGAGAGCUCUCUUCUACCACUUCUCCUAAUACGCCUGUGAACGGCCCAGCACCUCUUCCUCUCGAGCUACCGGAUCCACCGCGGCCACCUUCUUCGCUGGCUAGGAGUCCAACACCUGGGAGGAGAUCGAGUAUUGAACGGGAGAGGGAUGAGACACUCAUGAAGUUGAUGGGUGGUUCACCGACGUAUGAGAAGAGUCCGUUAGAGAGACGGGGUGUGGUCGUGGAGGAAGAGGACGACGAGCAGGACCAGGAUCAGGAUCGGCCACUCACGCCACCACGGCUACCAGUUACGCCACCUCGGGUCAGUAAUGUUCGUGGCGUACAUGCUUCGGAUGCGCAAUCGUACAUGUCGAGAGAGACGGGCGUUGGCGUUCCCGUGUUCUUGUCGGAAGCAAGUUAUAAGCAGCAGGACAUCUUCCCUUCGAGUCCUUUCGCCACCCCGUUGAAGGAGCAACCCGAGAUCGACGAGAAUGAUGAGGAUAUGAUGCUGAACCCUAAUGGGAGUGGUGAGAAGAGGUGGACGGACGGCUACAAUCGGGAUAUCAGUUGGAUGGCUGAACCAGUGCCAGAAGACAAUCGGAUACCCAUCCAUGAUGAGGACGACUACGACGAUGGGCAGCAUGAAGCACGCUCUGUUCCCAUCGAGGAGCGCGAACCCUAUGAAGAGCCUCCAUCACCGUAUACCGAUUCUCACGAUGAAGCACCCUCUCACGACGAGGAUCCCGAAAAUGACCACGACCACCGCGACCUCGAUGUAACGUCUCCCGAGCCCCAGUCUCUUGCACCACCGUCUCCUUCCUCAGCCGCUCCCUUACAGAGUGAACGCGUCUACCCCGCUCGUCUCUCCGUUGCCUCUGCGAUUCACCCCGAACUCUCGUCGCCACAUAUCGACUAUCUGGAGUGGGAGGAGGCGAAAGCGAUGGGAUCAGGUUCGGAAUCACAUUCGAAGAAGAAUGGAGAGUCAAGUACUGCUCUCAGCCGGUGGGACAAAGUUAAGAACACGCUUAUGCGGACCAACUCGAGUCAGGGCAGGAGGUCGAGGACGAACAGCAUACGGGAACGGGAGCGAACCCCAAAUACGGACUCGAGCGUUACUAGAGAGAGUGGCGCAAGCCUUACCAGUAGCUCACAAACUGACAAGGGCGACAAGAAUGUCGUGCUGGAUUUGUCGUCACCUCACUUUGCGAGCUCGUCCAAUGGGCCGUCCCCUGUACCGCCUGCCUCACCAGAAAUGAUAGCGAGGUAUCAGGACUCGAAGCUAUUCCCAUUCCCGGGCAUCCAGAAGCUCCAAGAGCAGCGCAACAAAGCUCUCGGUCAUGCUGCCAAUGCGUCAUCCCCUGAUAUCUUCUUGCAAGUCGGGGAAGACGUGCUUGGCUCGAGCUCGAAUUCUUCGCACACCCCACAACCUUCACCCGAAGUGCCACGAGAACGCAAACUUUCCCACCAAGCAUCGGACAGUCGCCUCAUGAUGAAAUUCAGCGGCGCUCCCCCAAUAGCGAAUGUCCCUUCAUCCGCAUCCCAGCCUGAAUACGACGCAUCCACUGGAGCACACCUCGCCAACGGGCUAGGGAGCGCCAACGGACACGGUAACGGAUCGUGGCUGAACACCAAGUUGCCUCACAACCGGGAAGGGGUGAAGAAGUGGCUCACUGCGAAGAAGCUCUUCUCGUCACAGGGUGGUUCGACCGCUUCGCACACCACACCGCUGCAGAUCUCCGCGCCUAUCUUGCAGUCGACGACGGCGGACAAGAAGCCCUCGCUAACGGAUCUCUUCAAGGUUCGAAAAGAGAACGGGCUCAUGUCGGACUGGGAGGACGUAUCGAAGACGCCGACGAGUACUAGUGGAAGUACGUUACUGGGUAAAGGGUCUGUCAAGGACGGAAGAGAGUCAGCGGUACCGCCAGAGACGCCCGUCACUGUGAACCAUAACGAGACGGCAUCGAUGUCGCUCCCACCACCCUUGACUCCGCAGCCUCGCGAUAUCAUCGAGGACGUGUCUUCUUCUCCCGCUCACUCUCCGAAUGGAGAUGCCCAGUUUGCGUCUUACCCCAUAAGUUCGGAUCAAAGGCUGCCCAUGCCUUCGCCUCCGGAUUUGACGUCGACUACGCCAGAUCCCAUGUCUUCCCUCGAUUCUUUCCACGUUCGGUCAGAAUCUUCAUCUUCUACGCUUUCGUCACAUCGGUCUACCGAGCCUGUUGUCGCACAGUCUCAGGGAUCGAUCGUGUUGGAGAGAUUGGAUGAAGUUUUGAGUAGGAUGAGUAGCGGGAGUCGUGGCCCCACGUCGAGCGCAUCAUUCAUCGACGAUCCUCCGAGGAAACUACUCCUGUCCUCUCCAGUUUUACAGGUGGCGAACUCAAACACGGUCAAGGAUCGGUUCUUAUUUCUGUUCAACGAUAUCCUCGUCAUUGCGAAGCCCGUAUUCCAAGACCCAGAAUCGAUCCUGGAUACUACAAGGCCCUCGCCACUCGACAGAAAAUUCAUCGUCAAAAGUGUCGUGCAACUUCGCCAACUCCACUUCUCAGCCGAUAGGGACGACCUGUCAAGCAGAAUUCCCUUCUCGUCACCCAUGAACCGGCAUCCCGUCAUACGGUCUUUCGUCGUUCAAUUCCAGAAGGAGCCAGACCAUGCUAUCUCCUCGUUGUUUGAGAAGACGGGAAUGAGGUCGGAACCGAUGUUACUUGGACAGUUGCUCAUGAAGACGCUCGACCUCGAUCGGGCGAUGUUGGGCGUUUAUUUGUCGACGAGGACGUCGAAGGUCGUGCUCAAAGCGUACAUUGAUGGAUUUGGCUUCGCGGGGAUGCGGGUGGACAAGGCGUUGAGGGUCUUUCUUCAGUCUCUCAACAUCCCGUCACCGUCCAGGUCGUCGCACUCGUCUCCGUUGGAUCACAUGGUCGACUCGUUCGCCAGUCGAUGGUACGAAGCCAACAAGGGCAAUGUGGCGUACGACAAGGAUCUCGCAGUCAGGCUUGUGCGCGCUCUUGUACAGCUCAACGAGGCACUCCACGGUGGGAUCGUCCAAGAACCGGGAAUCCCAAGUCGUAUCAAGCGCAACGUCCUCAACCGCGACUUCAUCGACGCUUUCCGCCGACUCGACCCAAGAAGUCUCGUACCCGACGAGCUCUUGGACACGAUAUAUAUGUCCAUCCGACGAACACCGUUGGCACAGGCUCGUAACGCCGCCACAUCAGCCCCUCCCGACCUUCUCAUCACACUCAAACGCCCCGUACCGCCACGGCUGACAUACAAAAUGCAAUCCGAGCCCAUCAUCCUGCGCAUCCCCUCCACGGAUCCGAACCUCGUCAUCCAGCUCUACGGCCAAGACCUCAUCUGCGACCCACCCGCACUCACCUUCUCCCGUUCUCCCGAAGCUUCCUUCCGCAUCACCGGCACCUCGCUCGGUCUUCGAAACCUCAUAUUCCUCCGAACGGGGUCCAAUGCGCUUUCCUACACCGGUGUUCCGCUCAGUUGUCCGAUAGUGGUAGAACGGAGCUUCAUGAGGAAUACGUUCCAGGUGGCGUUCGCGGACCACAUGCAGCAGAAGAGGAAGUAUAUGUUCAGUGUCGAGGACCCGGUGAUGCGACAUAAUUGGAUGGCCUCGCUCAAGCGACAGAUCGAGCUUGCCUCUUCCGCCGCUUCGACCUCUCAGUCGCAGUCUCAGUCACAGUCGGCGUCACCCGCUCAUACGAAGUUCCAACAAGCGACGGAGGAUACGGUGUUCAAGAUCUUGCAGGAUACGUUGAUCGCGAGUGUGGAGGAGAGCGAUUGGGUGAUGAGAUCUGUCUCGCCACCGGCUUCGCCUAUGCCCUUUUCGCAAUCAAGGUUUGCCAGCUCGCCCGUACCUUCGUCAGGUCGUCCAAGCCCCGGACCUGGAUACGGAUCGAUAUCUCCCGGACUUGCGUCUUCGUCGUUCGCACAAUCUCAGCGCCAGAAGGGAAGCAAUCUGUACUCCCACCAGAGGUCAAAAUCGAGAAGCCAAGUCUAUCAUCGUAAGGGUCUAGGCAGCAUGGAGCCACCGCAAUCGCCACCGCCAAUACCGUACAGCGUUAAUGGCGAGGAUGGUGAGGGUGAAGGUGAAGGCGAUAUGACGGUACAGGAGGUGCCGAUUGAGAAUGUGAGGUCGAGGUUGUGGUCGGGGAAGGAUUUGGAGAUGGUGUGUUUGCAGAAUAGCGCGGUGGCAGUGGCGGUGGCGGCGUUGAGGGUGGGCUUGGGGGCUCAUGCAAAUGGGAAUGGGGUGCCGGGACUGCAGAGGCAGGGGUCAGGGAGGAGGUUGCAUUCAUAACCUAGCCUGAGUUGUUGGGGUGGAAGGGUGUCUUGGUUGUCGUGGUUCGUCUGCGCGCUCGUCUGCUUCCUGUAUCUGUCUCUCUCUUUUGCGUUUGGCCUUCAAUCAACUGCACAUCUAUCCGCAUCUCGUUCUCUCUUUGCUCUUAUCCUCGCUCCGCUGUAGUAUCUGAAUCUCGUAUAUAUUUUACGGUUUCCUCGUGCUCUCCGUCCUCCUCUUUCUUUUCCUUUUUCUCUUUUCUUUCCUCUGCUCCUCUUUCCUCUUUCCUCUUUCCCCAGUGAAUCUAUAGCCUCUCUCUCUCUAUGCUCGGCCUCUACACCACUGUUCUGUAUUUAAUCAAUCGCAUGGUCUUCGUACUCUCUCCUUACUUCCUCUCUCCACUGCUCCCCAGGUCCCUCAACUCACUAAUAUUUAAUUUGUGCUCUCGGUCUCCCGCUCAGCCUUCUUCUACCCCAACUAUUUAGUCUCUAGUCACAGUGGCUAUUUCAACGCGCUCGCUCCCUCUCUUCUCAACCGUUCAGUAAUGCGGACUCAAGUUUUCAACGUUUCUACACGCUCCACUCGUUCUCGUACCAAUCUCUCUGGAACAUACGUAUACGAUAGCGAACUGUCGUCUCUCUCCUCCUCUUCCCUCAUUCCGUCCUUUCAAUACCCUCAUCCAUUCCCUCCGCUCUUCAC